AGCCAGCUCAGCCAGGCAGGGCCGGGAGGGAGUGGGACAGAUUCUGGGAGUGCAGCGGGGAGGAGUCCUGGCCAGCGAGCGGGAGCUGCUGGGCUGUGCCAGAGCGCAGGUCCUAGAGCCCUGCUGGAGAGGAGGAGGAUCAAGGAGGCAGAAGGAGCUCUCCGGGCAUCCGUGAGGCCAGGUGCCGCUGUGUGUGUGUCCGGAUGUCCACAAUUAUUCUUCCAACUUCACUUGUCUGGAAAAAUCUCAGAGAAGCAGGCUUCUUUCUCCAGCUGCAUGACCUGAAAAUACGAGCCCCGAGAGGAGUGAGGCGGUGAGAUGGCGGACUGCUACACGGAGCUGGAGAAGGCGGUCGUGGUCCUGGUGGAAAACUUCUACAAAUAUGUGUCUAAGCACAGCCUGGUCAAGAACAAGAUCAGCAAGAGCAGCUUCCGGAAGAUGCUCCAGAAAGAGCUCAACCACAUGCUGACGGACACGGGUAACCGGAAGGCUGCUGACAAGCUCAUUCAGAACCUGGAUGCCAACCACGAUGGGCGCAUCAGCUUUGACGAGUACUGGACCUUGAUAGGGGGCAUCACCAGCCCCAUUGCCAACCUUAUCCGCCAACAGGAGCAGCAGAGCAGCAGCUAGAGGACCCCUCUCACCGUCCCUGCUCGGCCCCGCCCCAAUGCCCAGCUCCAGAUGUCUUCCCAGGCCCCCUCUUCAGCCUCCUCUGUCCACCCAGGCUCGUCUGCACAUCUCCCCCAGACCCUCUCCUGACCCUUGCCGAGCAGGAGAAGGGGUAGGCUCAGGGCCCCUUUGUGAGUGUCUCAGUCUGGGGGUGCCUCUCUGAGGGUCUCAGUCCCUGGAGCCAGCAGGCCCUGGGGGCCCCUCAGUGAGAUCUCAGUGCUGUUUGGGGACCCCAGUGGUUUUCCCACCUGCUCAGUCCAUCAAACCUUCCAAUGUCUGAUGUUCCUGCGUGAUUCCAGGUCUCUCCUGACCUCUGGAGGCCACCUUGCUGCUUGAGUUCACCCUGCUCAUGGCCCCAGGAGCUGAGACCUCUCCCCGUUCCCUCAGCCCCUCUGCUGGGUAGAGAAGACUUGCAGGGGCUCCCCUCCAGCUGCCUCUGGGUCUGGGAACCACUAAGCAGGAUGGAGCCACACCCCUCCUGCUCAGGCCCCUGAAAUAAAGGCUGGAAUCGAGUUUGUAUCUCCCUCCCCCAAUCCCUCUGUGCUGCUCAUUAAAACCUUUCCAGUCCUUGGAAGCUC